AUGCACAUACGUCACACCACGUAGCUAUAUUUUUAUAUUUCUGUCAAUUUUUCUGGGAACUUGAUACAUUUUGUGUAAAAGUGGGAGUCUGUAUCUGUGUAUGUUGGUGUUGGAGAGUAAUCUAACGGUUGCCCCCAGGUUUCACUCCUUUAAGCCUGGCUGCCACAGUGGGUCAUGUUGGCGUGGUGGAGAUCCUGCUGGAUAAAGGAGGGGACAUCGAAGCCCAGUCUGAGAGAACCCAGACUGAGAGAACCAAAAACACACCUCUCUCCCUGGCCUGCUCUGUUGGAAGACAAGAGGUGCUGCUCUUCACUAAACCAGAUUUUCUUUCCUGAACACCACAUCAGUGACUUUUUAACUUUUUGGUAAAACACUAGGGAAAUUCCCCAAAGGUGUUUUGUGGAUUGACUAACCUGUGGUCCAUUCCUUCCAGGUGGUAAAGCUGUUGCUGCUGUGUGGGGCCAACAAGGAGCACUGUAACAUUUCAGACUACACUCCUCUCAGCCUGGCUGCCUCAGGGGGCUGCAUCAGCAUCCUCCUAAAUGCUGGCGCUGAAAUCAACUCC